AUGGUAAAAAAACAAACUUUAAUUGAAGAUAUUAUCGAUGCAGCUACCAAAGCCAACAUUCAUCAUUUUAUUCAGCAGUUACCUCAAAGUUAUGAGACCAAAGUGGGUAUGAAAGGUAGCCCCUUGUCCGGUGGUGAGAAACAACAUAUUGCCAUUGCUCGAGUUCUUCUUCGUCAACCAAAAAUUUUACUACGAGACGAAGCAACAGGCACUAUGGACUCGUACAAUGAACAAAUCGUGCAAGAAGCUCUUGAAAGAGCUCAAACAGACGAUCCAACUCAAGCUUCAUUAAUCAUUGCUCAUCGUCUGUCAACCAUUCAUUCAUGCGAUUUGAUCUGCGUUCUUGACAAACGACAUCUAAUAGAAAGUGGCACUCAUGCAGACUUAAUGAAAGCACAUGGAGCCUACUAUCAUAUGAUUGCUUGCGGCAAUACUUCAUAA